AUGGGCCCACCUCCAAAUACCACCAACGUGGAUUUGGGGGUUACGUUUCUAACACAUGAACUUUCAGAGGAGAAACAGUCACACUAUACUUUAGGAAAUGAUAUGCCUGCCAUCACACUUGUUAAUACUCCAUCCAUGACCCCUGCUACUUCACCUCCUCCUGCAGCAGCUCUUACCCCAACUUUAUCAGAGAUUUCCACUGAUAAAUUGAAGAUUUCAAACCCAGAGCUUCCCAAGCCAUGGGAUGAUGGAGACCUGCCACUGGACGAAGAGAAUCCUAACUCUCUUGAAGAAGAACUUCUUCACCCAAGAGCUAUUGUAAUGUCUGUGGCUAAGGAUGAAGAACCUGAGAGUGUGGACUUCCCUCCUCAGCCUGCACCUCCAGAAUCAAUUCCCUUUACGCCAUUUCUUGCGGGUACCAAGGCCCCUUCCCCACUUCAUGUGACAAGUUCUGGUUCAUCAACACUGGAGAGUACUUUGAGCGUUACUGUCACUGAAACAGAAACUUUGGAUAGACCCAUCUCUGAAGGAGAGAUUUUAUUUAGCUGUGGUCAAAAAUUGGCUCCCAAAACUUUAGGAAAUGGAGGAUUAUGUCUGACAAACCUAAAUGAUAGCUUAUCCAGCACACUGCAUGAUACCCUUGAAAUGGAAGAUGAUCCUCCCAGUGAAGGACAAGUGAUGAAGAUGUCCCAUAAAAAAUUUCAUGGAGAUGCAAUUCUUUCUCUUCUUAUUAAACAAAACCAGGAAUUAUUAGUUUCACAGCAAGCAGUGUAUCAUUCAGAGGAUUUGGAAAACAGUGUGGGUGAGCUUAGUGAAGGACAAAGACCCGGGCUGACAGCAGCAGCAGAGAACAUCUUAAGGGGGCAGCCUUUGUAUAUGCAGCAGCCGGUUGCUAAUGCAGAGUCUUUGGAUCAACAGUGUGAUCCUAGGCUAUUAUUUCAGCAGUCUGACACAGUUUCAGGUGGUUUGUGUGAAGAUUUGUGUGCUAGUCAUGGUCCAAUGAGCUUGGGAGAGCUGGAGUUGCUGCCAAAUGCAAACCCUGUUCUUCCCACAAUACUUCUUACAACUCAAGAAAAUGAUGUUAAUUUACCAGAAGCAGCUGAAGAUUUUUCUCAGUAUCAACAAAAGCAAGUCCAGGAUGUUAAGCAAGCUGAAUACAAACAAGCUGUACAAAGUCAUUUAAUACAUGUAAGAAAUAAAUGUGACAUUUUACUUUCACAACAAGCAUUAAUUAUACACUGAGAAUGGAGAACCUGGAUUUUUCCCAAGUCUGGCACUAAACACCUCUCACCAAAGUGAAUACGGC